AUGAAACCACAAGUAAUUAAUCGGGAAACAGUAUCUAAUGAAGCAAAAAAAGUAAUGGAAAAACUCCAAAACCAUCUUCAUCUUUCGUUACAACAAUAUCGCUUGAUUCUUUUGUGCAAUACACCAUUAUCAGAGGCGUUACGACGUGUUUUGCCCGACGAUUUACCAUCAAAUGUUGCUCUUGUUUGCGAAGACAAUUUUGCUAAAUUCUACGGACCAGUGUAUGCAAAUCGUGCACAAUUUGCUGCUGCAAAUGAAAAGGUUAACAUUAACUCGGCUUAUAAAUGGGAACUGUGUCUUAUUCGUGGAGUAGGACCACAAACUGCAUGUGACAUUAUAGCAAAACGGAAGGAAAGACCUUUUGAAGGAGAAAUGGAUUUAUUACGCCGUGUGAAGUUUCCGAGGAGAGAACUAUCGCAGAUUGAGUUUUAA